AUGAAGAAGAAGUAUGAUGAAGACGUGGCAAAGAUGAAAGCUGACUUCAAUAAAAAAGCUGCUGAAAUGGAUGCGUUUCACAACAAAUCCAGCAAAGAAAUGGAUGACUCGUUUAAGAAGAACUCGAAUAAAAUGUUGGAUGAUCAUAAUAAGAGGGCUGAUGAGAUGGUGAAGAAUCACGAAGACUUCAUGUCGAAGCUUGUCACUUUCGGAAUCAUCUGGGUGGUUUGUAUUGUUGUGGUGACAAUUGUGGUGAUUAUCGGGGCAAUUGUGAUUGUGGUUAUCUGCAUUCGUCGGUGCAACAGAUCGCCUGAGUACUACAUGAGAAAUGGUCAACCAAUGGGCAACAACGGAAGUUUUGAAGAGCCCCAUACUAUUUGA